CUACUUCCGCCACUUCCGCAAAUAGAAAGUGAUGGCAGCGGAUUUGCAGUCCAAGUAUCAGAAGCUGGCAUCUGAAUACGCUAAGCUGCGGGCCCAAAUACCUGUCCUCAAGAAAGCAGUGCUAGAUGAGCAGACCAAAGAAAAUCAUUUUAAGGAAGCAAUCAAAGAGAAAGAACAAAGCAUUCGCAAAUUUGAACAAGAAAUUGACAGCCUUGUCUUUCGUAACCAGCAACUGACAAAGCGUGUAGAGAUUUUACAGAGUGAAUUGGUGGAUGCAGAGGCAAAGGACAAGAAAUCAAAAAACAAGCACAAUGAUGUGUCUUUGUCGACAAGUCCAAGAAGUAGUGCAAUAGGGGAGGAACUCAAACAGAAAAUAGAGGAAAAUGAAAGACUACACAAACAGGUUUAUAACUCCGACCUUGAAUAUAAGCAGAAGGUGGCAGACUUGCAGGACAGGCUGACCAUGCUUGAACAGGAGUCUGCUCAACAUCAACAGGUGCUUCAGACCACGCAGCAGAACAGCAAGGUGCAGCUGGAGAAACUGCAGAAUGAGAAGGCCAUGUUAGAAAUAAAGCUUCAUGAACAGGAGAAACUUUCAAAGGAAGCCAAACUGAGAGCUCAAACAGCGGAGCAGCAACUCAAGAUGAUACAGACAGACCUGACAAGUAAAUUGACCCAAGCAACUAAAACAAUCAGGGAUAAACUACCUUUUAAUGAUACAAAAUUUCGAGAUUUGAAUGCUUUAAAUGUACCAACACAUGACAGAAAACAUCAACUAAAAGCUAAAGAACUUUGUGGUCAAGCCACCAAUUUAGUCCAAGACCUAGUGCAAGGUUUAGCCAACUAUUACACUUAUGUGGAGCAGAGGACUAAGAUUUACCCUGCAGAUGGCCAGAUUGAACCAUACAGUGAGGUCAACAAAAAGUUUUGCCAGUAUCUACAUGAAAACAUGCAAUAUUUGAGGCCAGUGGAGCAAUCAUUUAGUGCUUUUUACAACAGCUUGAAAGAGGAUGCCCUGACAACUCUGGAAACUGCCAUGGGUCUCCAAGAAUUUGCCCAUCAUUUUACAAACUUUGUGGCAUACAGCAAUAAGAUAAUGCCGUACCAGUUAUUGAGCCUGGAAGAGGAGUGUUCAUUAUCCUCCUGUCCUGAGGCCCUGGCUGCCAAGAAUAAGGAACUUUACUCUGUAGUGCAGAAGCUCUGUGCAGUACUCAACAAUAUACAGACUUAUGUGGCUGUCAUUGCUCAGCAAAGCACAGUAUCUUGUGAUCACCCAAAAACCAACCAAGCCAUUUUCUUUGAACAGCUGUCAGGUGGUCUUGAACUUUUCCACACAGUUUUGAAAGAGCUAUCUACUACUUACAAUGCCAAGGUGACAUUAGAACACCAGCUGCCCACUGCCCCUUCUAAACUGAAGACCACAGAUGAAUGUGUCAUGUCUGCUUUGGUGCAUCUACAAAAGUGUGCUGGGAAAUUUGCCAACUUCAUGCGGACCAACCUGGAGUUCUUCUGUGCUACAGCAGGUUAUCGCACUCGAGGUAGUAGUAUAUCUACCAAUGAGUCCAUGGAGGGUCCAAAGUCCAGCCCCGUGGUGGGAGCUCUGAGGCAGAAAUCUGCUAACUACAUGGCUUCAUUACAUAGGAAUUUAGGGUAA